AUGGCCACGAUGACGUUCGACGAUGAGCCUCCGCCCGAGCCGCGAGACGGCUGGCUGUUGGUGCGGGUCUUCGUCCCCGAGCUGAACGUACACAAGUGUCUCCAGUUCCCAUCGGACAAGGUCGUGUGGGAUGUGAAGCAGCAGUGUCUGGCGUCGCUGCCAAAGGUUGCCUAUUGGUUUUGGGAACUGAAGGAAAGCUUCAAUUAUGGUUUAUUCUCUCCGCCAUCGAACGGGAAAGCUGGCAAAUUUCUCGAUGAAGAACGACGUUUGGGCGAUUAUCCGUUCAAUGGACCGGUCGGAUACUUGGAGCUCAAGUACAAGCAACGCGUCUACAAGAUGCUCAACCUGGACGAGCGUCAGCUGAAGGCGUUGCACACGCGUGCCAAUCUGCGCCGCUUCAUCGAGUGCAUCAACAGUGGCCAGGUGGAAAAGAUCGCCAAGAUGUGUGCCAAAGGACUGGACCCGAACUUCCACUGUCAGGAGACGGGCGAGACGCCGCUCACCAUCGCGACCGGCACCAAGAAGCCCAACAAGCUGCUGAUCGCCCUCGUCAAUGGCGGUGCACUACUCGACUAUCGGACGCGCGAUGGCGCCACCGCGCUCCAUCGGGCCGUCGAACGCGACAGCCUGGAAGCGGUCAGCACACUGCUUGAACUCGGUGCAUCGCCCAACUACCGCGAUACGAAGGGUUUGACACCGGUCUACCUGUCCGUCACGCGGAAAACGGAUCCCAAAGUCAGCGAAGUGUUGCUGCACGACCAUGCCACGCUCGGCAUCCAGGACAGCCAAGGAUGGCAAGAGAUUCAUCAGGCUUGUCGGAACGGGUUAGUUCAUCACUUGGAACACUUACUGUUCUACGGUGCGGAUAUGGAUGGUCAAAACGCUUCCGGUAAUACGCCGCUGCAUGUUUGCGCUGUUAACAAUCAGGAGGCUUGCGCUAGAAUGCUACUCUUUCGUGGUGCCAACCGAGGCGCUCUAAACUAUGCCAACCAGACACCGUACCAGGUUGCUGUCAUCGCCGGAAACUUGGAGUUGGCAGAGAUGAUCCAAAAUUACAAAAGCGAGGAUAUCGUACCGUUCCGUGGGCCGCCACGGUACAAUCCACGCCGCCGGUCCGGGCUGGGCUGGGGUUCGACACUUUCGCGCAUUUACGGGGGCCCACCGUCACCCUGCCCGUCCGAACAUCCCUUUAGCUCCGCGAGCUCCAGCCUGUCCGAGGGUUCCAGCCACCGUAGCCACGAGGACGACAUCAGCAUCGUUACAGAUAAAAGCCUUGGAGAUACGAGUGAUAUCAUCAGCGACUCGUCCGGCGUCGGUACGAACUCCGAUAGUGCGGCGUGCUCCAUUGGCCACCCGAGCACCACAGUCGUCUGCAUGGAGGGCUACGAUGCGGGACUGUCCGGCCACAUCCACAUCCAGCCGGGCGACGUGAUCGAGGUGGUCGGCUCCACCGACUGUGGGCUGCUGGAGGGCUUCGUUCGGGGCACCAACAAGACCGGCUUCUUUCCUUCGAGCUGCGUGCAGGAGGUGCAGUUCCGCCAGAAGAGCAUCAUCAACGUGUCCACGUCCACGCCCCACCAUCACUACCUAAUCAACACGAGCAGCAACGAAAUCGUGAGCCACGACCUACAGCGACAGCAGCAGCAGCAGCAUCAACAGCAUCAACAGCAGCAACAACAUCAGAUGCAGCAAGUUAAUCACGAUCAACAGCUACAGCAACAUCAUCUUCAACAGCAGCAGCAGCAACAGCAACAGCAGUACAGCAGCCAGACGGCUCCACGGAUGAAGAAAUCAAUUAUUGGAGAACCGCGGACCGUAGUCCUUCAUCGUGCCAAGCGUGGAUUUGGCUUCAUCUUGCGCGGUGCGAAAGCGUCCUCGCCGUUGAUGCAACUCAAACCGUCACCCCGCUGCCCGGCGCUGCAGUAUCUGGACGAUGUCGAUCCCGGUGGGGUGGCCGAUAUGUCGGGACUGAAGCCGGGAGAUUUCCUGCUGGCGAUCAACAACGAAGAUGUAACGUGCGCCUCGCACGAGCACGUGGUGGAUUUGAUCCGAAAUUCGGGCGCCCUGGUAUCGAUGACGGUGGUGACGCUCUCGCAAAACUUCAUCAACUCACUGAUGCUGGACUCGUCGGAGGUCGCCAGCCAGCACUCGUCCGGUUCGGGCAUGAGCACGCCGAUCUCGUCCCGCCAGUGCUCCACGUUGCCACGGCGUAUGAACGGUGGGCCACCGGGCAAGCAGCCGGCUCCGAUGCCACCGCGCCGCGAUCCAAAGACGACGCUCAGUGUGGGAAGGGCGCGUGCCAAAUCGAUGGUGGCCGGGCUGGAGGGCGGUGGCGAGAAGGUCGGCGGAGACGAUGACGAGCUGCUAAACGCGACGAAAUCGACGUCGGCCGAAUCGAUCCACCAGGCGCAGCUGCUACUGCAGGCACAGGCACUGUCCCAUUCGGCCAUCGGUACACCGACGCAAACCGGUCCCGGGACACCGAUUCAACCGCGCACGGCCAGCAUCAAGUCGCGGCCAACCUCGAGCCGCAUAACGGCGGCCGAGCUCGAGGAACUGUUCCAGCGUCAGCAGGGUGCUGACGCUAAUCGCUGCUCGAUGCUCAUGACCAGCUCGCGGUUCCAGUCGACGGGGCUGGACAGUGGUGCGGCGACGCCACCAACCUCGCCCCAGAAAGGGCCAAUCGUGUACGCGAGUGUGGCCGAGAUGAAGCGCAAAAAGUCUUCCAAGGUGCUCGGAACGCUCGGCGGAAGUGGUACACUCAAGGGGCGCCCCAUUCCGAUACCGCAGAUAGGGGCCGACCUGAGGCGCACCUUCCACAGCACGCCGGACCUGGCGUCCGUUGGGUCGCUACCGUCCGACGCCGACGGCAGCAGCUCCGGCACCGGGUCGCAGCUGGCAAUGAAUGCGGCGCAGCACCAAGCCUGGUACAGUACCGUCGGUCAUCGGGGGCAUCGCUCUCAGGACGAUAUGCACAGCAGCAGCCUCCACAUGUCGUUGCAAAGACUGAACCUUUUGCCUCCGCCGAAUCACCCACCGCCGCCGCCACCCGUCGGGCAGGUGGUGAAGGUGGCCGUAUCGCGCGGCUCCGAGUACGAGUGUCUGACGGCGCUGCGCAAGCACAUCGCUCAGAAAGCCAAAGUUCAAGCGCAGAUCCAGGAGGCAGAAGUCAUGUCUAGCUUUAAGCCCGCCUCGAACGCGAAGCUGUACGCGUCGCCGCAGGACAUCCGCAACGUUGGCUACCGGACGGUCAACGUAGGUGCGCCUAGCGUCGUGCCUUCCCUAACUGGCAAUCCGGCGGGCAGCGCAGGAAGUAAUGACCCAACCACAAGCGGCAUCAGUAUGCCCCCGAGCGCGAGUGUAAAUAUCGAGCUUCGCAAAACGUCAUCUCUUCAGUCGACCGCCGGCUCGACUACGAGUGUAGCCAGCGGAACCGUGCCAACGGCGACGCAAGUCGCCAAUGUAACAACCGUCACGAUCGGCGGAGGUACGGUCGGGACCAGUGGACCGGAAGGCUCCAAUCCUUACGCCCAACCCGGAAGACCGGGCGGCCCGCAGCAGAUCGCGCAGCCUCAGGCACUGUACAAGUCGGGCCCGAACAGUGCACCGCCCCUACCGGAACCGGACUACAGUCUCAGCGAGUCCGACCCAGACGAGGACAGCUCGGUGAGGUUGGUGCGAACGCUUACAAAGACGAGCGCUAGCGAACUGAAACCCGUGCCGAAUCCGGGAAUGGCAGCGGAAACCAGUGGCAACAGUAACACGAGUGGCAGCUCGACCGGUUCCAGCUCGAUGCCACACUCGUUUUCGGUCGACGAAAUACAGAAGAUUCGGACCAAGCUGAAAUCGUCCAAAUCCUAUCCGAACGAUUUCCUCCGGCAGCAGAACGGCCAACCGCAGCAUGGGCCGGGAGGAGGCGACCAACCGGCAGAAGGGGCCGGGCCUAGCGAAGAGGGCGAUAACUCUUCGUCCGGUGUCAGCAGCGAUCAGGAAGUGACCGUAACGAGCAACGAUCCGGCCCACGUGGUGCAGCAGGAACAGCAGUCGGUGAAAGCGCUGGCCAAGUCCUUGGGUGCUAUUGCCGGGUCGGCGAAUCUGAAGAAAGCACCGGUUGCCCCAGGUGUCGUCGGGCCCAUCGGUGGAGCUGGCGAACUGAAAAGAGUUACCCUGCAGCAGGGCGUCGGAGUGAAGGGUUCGGAAACGAAGGCAGGUGAAAGCUCACCGGAGCGAAGAAGUGAGCCAGAGGAAGGCGACGACGAUGGCAAUGAUAGUCCCAGCCCUCCGGCCACCGGUUUCCAGCGGCACAAUUCACUCACCCGCAAGCAGGCGGCCACACUGGCCGCCAACCGGGCCAAAGCAAAUCAGCAGAACCUUCAACAGCGACACGCGGUCACGCUCGCUACACUGCCUCCACCGAUCGAAGCCGAUUCGGAUGAGGCGGACUCUUGGUCUCACCCGCAGCAGCUGGUCGGCGGUGCAGCGUCACAUCUGGCCGACGGUCCCGGGAUGGUAGUGCUGGCGCCGCCGCCAGAGUUCAGUGACACCACCACGGUGAUGGCCGGUGGAGGAGUUGCCGGUGGUGUAAGCAUUAGCGUUUCGGCGGCCCACCACUCCCACCAUCAGCACCACCAGCAUCAGCAUGUCCACCAUCAUCAUCAGCAUGGGGGCGCCGCGGGUGGAGCGCUCGUUAUCGGAGGGCACAAUCCAAACUGCAAACGGGUCCGGAUCGUGGGCGCGGUACCUAAGGUCAAUCGCAUGAACAGUCAGUGA